CAGUGUCCAUCACUUCCCACACUGUUCACCUGCGAGAGGGAUCUGAGAAGAGGAAAAUAACUAGGCCUAUUACCAUCCACCACUGAGCCGCAGUAUCUUUAGCACAACUUGUACUCCCAAUCUAUUCGUGUGAUUAUUAAAAAUUAAAUCAAAGACAGAUUGAGAUUCUGGGCUGUAACCACCAUCCACCUUUGAAUUAAAACAAAGAAUAAUACUAUGCUAGCCAUGGGCGGGAGUGUCCUCUUCUCCCUGCUAUUGGCACUGACAAUUGUGCCAAAAGCCUCUACCCAGUCAACGACAAUGAGCUCUACAGCAGCUGGAUCCACCGCUAGUACCCCAAUGAUGAGCUCUACAGCAGCUGGAUCAACCGCCAGUACCACAAUAAUGAGCUUGACAACAGCUGGAUCCACCUCUACGACCGCAAUGAUGAGCUCUACAACAGCUGGAUCCACCGCUAGUACCCCAAUGAUGGGCUCUACAGAAGCUGGAUCAACCGCCAGUACCACAAUGGAGAGCUCUACAGCAGCUGGAUCAACCGCCAGUACCGCAAUGAUGGGCUCUACAGCAGCUGGAUCAACCGCCAGUACCACAAUGAUGGGCUCUACAGCAGCUGGAUCAACCGCCAGUACCACAAUGGAGAGCUCUACAGCAGCUGGAUCAACCGCCAGUGCCGCAAUGAUGAGCUCUACAGCAGCUGGAUCAACCGCCAGUGCCGCAAUGAUGAGCUCUACAGCAGCUGGAUCCACCGCUACGACCGCAAUGAUGAGCUCUACAGCAGCUGGAUCAACCGCCAGUGCCACAAUGGUGAGCUCUACAACAGCUGCAACCCCCUCUACUACCGCAGCUAGAGCCCCUGCUACUACCACUACGAGAUCUACAGCAGCCUCUACCAACGCGACGGGACCAACCGAUCCCCCUGUCCUGGUCUUCAACGGCACGGUAGAACGUCUACCCAGCCCCAUCUCCAACGCAGGCUGCGGCAAUUCCCUGCUUUGUGCCGGAGCGCCGGAGAGCUGUGACCCAUCGAAGCCUGGAUCCUGUUUCUUUGUGGGUAUCAAACGGACUGCCGGACAGAACUUUGAGUUCAGCCUCUCUGGAGAGUCCGAAGGCUACAUAGGCUGCACGUUGUCAACCGACAGCUCGUUGGGAGGAGGGGAUAUUACCUUCAUUUGUGCCAACAAAGAUGGGACGGUCGAAUUCAUCGGUGCUUCGCUUAACAACAGUGCUUUGAGUAGAAAAGAUGUGAACGCAAACUCGGUGAAGGGUCACAUCAACGGAAACACAAUCCAGUGUACGUUUAAAGCCACCGUUCCCGACGCCACAGCCAGAGGGUCGGCAACGUCCUUUGCGUUAGCUGUUGUCAGUGGAACCUUCUCGCCUGGCACAGGUGACCUUGGCCCUCCUGAGGCCAAAGUCCAGACAAAAGUGCUGAACAUAGCAAACAUCAUCUCAAACUUCCUAAACAGCGGCCGGCCAACCAACCAGGGACUGUCAGCAGCUCUGCUCAUCAUCAUAGUGACCAUGGGACUGGCCUUUAUAUAAAGCAGCUUUGAAACUGUAUAAAUUGAUAUGUGGAAAUAAAAUCCAUAGAAUCAAAUUAUUUUUAUUUGAUGAACAAAGACGUUCAUUUCAUUAGAUUUUUUUUUUUUUUUU